CAAUCGCAGUAAUGUCGCCUAGUCUGGUUUUUGUGAUCUUAGUUCUCCUGGGUCUAAAUACUUAUCAAGUGUUUAGCCAAACAACCAUUGAUUGUCAAAGGCCGCCUCAGCUUGUGGAUCCCGCACUUUGCUGCAGAGAUGGAGGCCGCGACCAAGUGGCCGAGCAGUGCGCCCAGCGGAUUUUAGGUACAGCAAAUGGACAGAAACCAGGUGGUCCUCCAUCACUGGAAACAGCUGCGUGCCUUGCUGAAUGCAUCCUCACAUCAUCCAAGUACAUAGAGGAACCCCAAAAGCUAAACUUGGCCAACAUACGCAGUGAUCUCUCGGCCAAGUUCUCCAACGAUAGUGCCUAUGUGGAUGCAAUGACGAUGGCUUACUCUAAGUGCGAGCCCCAAUCGCAGCGCAGAUUGGCAAUGAUCCAACAACAACAGUCGCAGCAGCAACAACAAAGAUGUAGUCCCUUCUCCGCCAUCGUGCUCGGUUGCACCUAUAUGGAAUACUUUAAGAACUGUCCAGAUCAUCGGUGGACGCAAAAUGCCCAGUGCGCCCUGGCCAAAGCCUAUGUCACGCAGUGCGGAUUGGGAGCUUAGCUAGUAGGUAGGAAACUUAUAAAUAAGAUUUAAAUAUAAAAGAAAAAUCAAGAAACAUUAUAUAUUGGGAGAUCAUAUUACAUAAACCAUUAUUUUAAAUCUUAUAUAAUAACUAACGAUUGAAAAGUA